AUAGAGAGCCUUAAGUGAAAUAAUUUUCUAUCAAAACAAAACACAAAAAGAAAAUCUAGCAGAGAUAAAAAUGAGGACACAAAAUGCAAAAAAUAUAUUGUUGGUGUUAUGUCUUGCUGUAUGUGUAGCGAUGUGUCGAUCAGAUUUGUCUGAAGAUGCCAAGACCGCGGCUGGAGAUAUCAAGGAGGGGGCCACAACUGUUUAUGAUGAAACCGCAGAAAAAUCUGAGUCUUUUGCUAAAUGGGCUUAUGAUAAACUUUCUGAACAAUUCGGGACAAAAGAGGAUGAGGAUAAAAUCCAUCAAAAUGAAAAGUUUUCAUCUUCAGAUGUUGCCGCAGAGGUAGGAGGUUCAGUUAAAGAUGCUGCAUCAGAUGUAGGAGACACAGCUCAUGCUGCUAAAGAUAAAACGAAAGAUGCUUCUGGUGAUGCCAAGCACCACGUAGGUCAUGCUUCAGAUAAAGUUGGCGAUACAGCUGAAGCUGCUAAAAAUAAAACAAAAGAUGCUGUUGGUGAUGCCAAGAAACACGUAGGACAUGCUUCAGAUAAAGUUGGCGAUACAGCUGAAGCUGCGAAAAAUAAAACCAAAGAUGCUGUUGGUGAUGCCAAGAAACAAGUAGGACAUGCUUCAGAUAAAGUUGGCGAUACAGCUAAAGCUGCGAAAAAUAAAACAAAAGAUGCUUUUGAUGGUGCCAAGAAACACGUAGGAAAUGCUUCAGAUAAAGUUGGCGAUGCAGCUCAUGCUGCGAAAAAUAAAACGAAAGAUGCUUUUGGUGAUGCCAAGCAUCACGUAGGUAAAGCUUCAGAUAAAGUUGGCGAUACAGCUGAAGCUGCGAAAAAUAAAACCAAAGAUGCUGUUAGUGAUGCCAAGAAACACGUAGGACAUGCUUCAGAUAAAGUUGGCGAUGCAGCUCAUGCUGCGAAAAAUAAAACGAAAGAUGCUUUUGGUGAUGCCAAGCAUCACGUAGGUAAAGCUUCAGAUAAAGUUGGCGAUACGGCUGAAGCUGCGAAAAAUAAAACCAAAGAUGCUUUUGGUGAUGCUAAGAAACACGUAGGGAAUGCUUCAGAUAAAGUUGGCGAUACAGCUGAAGCUGCUAAAAAUAAAACAAAGGAUGUGUACGGUGACGCCAAGAAACACGUAGAGAAUGCUUCAGAUAAAGUUGGCGAUACAGCUGAAGCUGCUAAAAAUAAAACAAAGGAUGUGUACGGUGACGCCAAGAAACACGUAGGGAAUGCUUCAGAUAAAGUUGGUGAUACAGCUGAAGCUGCGAAAAAUAAAACAAAGGAUGUGUCCGGUGAUGCCAAGAAACAUGCAGGCAAUGCUGCAGAUGCAGUUGGAGAUACAGCUGGUGAUGUCAAAGAUAAAGCAAAGACUGCAUAUUUUGCAACUAGGGAUCAUGCAACCAAGGCUUCAGAUGUUGUUGGUGAUACAUAUGAUGAUGCUAAAGAUAAUGCAAAGCGCGCAUAUGCUGAACCCAAUAAACAUGCAAGCGCGGCUCCUCAUGUAAUUCCAACUGAUGCUGCUAAAGAUAAACCAAGGCCCACAUAAUGUGAAGCUAAACACAAAGCAGGAGACACAUAUGAAUCAACAAAGGAAACUAUCACUCCCUAAAAUCCCAAGACUAAGUAGGAGAUUCAUUAUUUCUAUGUUUCCUAAUGUGCGAACAUAUGGGUACAUAUAUUAAUAGUUAUUAACUCAAUAAUGUCAUAGAAUUAGGAAAAAAAUCGCAUGUUUCUCUACUAUCUUUGAGAAUGUCUUUGGUAUGUAUACCUGAAAUGUGUGAGUUUUGGCAAUACUUCACCCGU